AUGGAUAGUGUUCAGGAGGCCAACGACGAGCAUCGCGCGACACCAUUCGUCGCCCAUCACACCACCAAAUCGAUUGUCAGCAGCAAAAAGCCCGGCGUUCGUCCAGCCAUGCAGAUUUAUCGUCCACCAGGACUCCGAGCCGACGGAACACCGAAUUCCGGCGCGACGACGACGAAACCGAGACCGGCAGCCGGUUCAAAGCUGUCCAACAACGGCGAAAAUGAGACGAAUGCGCUCAAAGAAGAGAACAACAACAAGAAGGAGUGCGGCGAGUCGACGAGCUCGCGCGCGAGCUCACGCGCCUCCAACGAUCGUCCGAUGAAUGGCGGCGGCGCGAGCCUGAUGCGUACCGAGAGCUCGCUGAGCACCGAAUCGACGCCCUCGUCGCAGAAGUCGUACGGCUCGAAUUCGAAUAAGCACAACGGUCAACAGGGAAUGCAAUUGAAGCGAAUUAGCAACGCGAAAAAAGAGCACCUCAAGAAGAAGGUGAUGACGGAGCACGAGGUGGAGAAGGCGAUCACCGAGCUGCGCGCGCUUCAAAUCGCCUCGCACGGCGCCCAAAUCGAGCAAUGGAUCGGCGGCGCGUUUUGCGACGACGAGCUCGCCGAGACGAUCGGCGCCGCGUUGUGUCGACACGCGAUCGAGGGCGGCGGCGGAAGCGGCGUGGCGAUAAUCUGCGCCAACUUCCGCAACUCGCCGUCGAUAUCGGCGCUCGUCAAGGGCCUCACCAUCGCGUUGUCGCAAUACCUCGAGUGUCGGCACAAGAUACGCGAAGACCAUUUCCGAAUGUGGAUCUCGUUCAUUCAAUUCCUCACCGAGCUCUAUGCCAACAUGUCGUCGGAAUCGAAAGGCGAUCUCGCCAACAUCGUGUUCGACGUGUUCAACUUCCUUCUACGGCCGCCGAUUUUGGAGCACGUGAAAAUCCAGGAGCUCGAGUGCCUCAUCUCGAUUCUCAUCAAAGGCGGCUACGAUUUGGAGCGCGAGUGUCCCGAUCAGUUGGCGUUGCUCAAGGAUUUGAUACGUGACGCGUUCAUCGAUGCUCCCGAGCCGUGGGCGCGAAAAAUGAUUCUACUUCUGCUCGAACUCGGCGCAUCCGGUUGGAAGCUUCCAAUUGACGCAAACGAGUACUAUUUCAAUGAGACCUCCAAUUAG